AUGGUAACUGCUUUAUUACAAAUAUCAUUUAUAAUUAUUUUAUUGUUUUUCACAAUUAUUAUUCAUUCAUGCUUUGUAUGGAAUCCUUUCAUUUGUCGUUGGGAAAUAUUGUGUCCAAUUCUUACUUCAACAACAACAACUACUACUACAACAAUCUUUAAAAUUACUACAAGUAAAUCAUUAGAAAGAGAUACAACUAUUUUUUCACCAACACUUGAAACAACUUCAAGGAUUCCAUUUAAUAUAACAAAAAUAUGUAAUGUAAUAACUUCAGUGGUCACUUCAGGAUUGGUACCUAUUUACAAAUAUUAUGACUUUUGGUCACAAUAUUGUUGUAAAAAAUGUUAA